CAGAUAAUGUUUUAACAGACCAGCAGUUCCUCACUCUUUCCAAGUUAAACUUUGUCCCUGUUUUCUUUUCUAUGCAUGUUCUGUUCCUUUCGCACUGUUUGUCCAUGACUCAGAGCGCUUCAGGAGCUGCAAGGUACCAGCCAUGCUCCCUUCCCAGCCUCUCCUGCACGCUGGGGUAUUUGCACUCACAGUCCUUCAGGCCCUUGCCUCCCACACCUUCAUUGCAGCCGUCUACGAGCACGCGGUCGUCCUGCCAGAUCCCACUGACAAGCCUGUUUCUCCCAAUGAUGCUUUGGCCCUGAUGAACAAAAACAUGGAUGUCUUGGAAGGGGCCGUAAAGGAAGCCGCCCAGCAGGGUGCCCACAUCAUUGUGACUCCUGAAGAUGGCAUCUAUGGCUGGAAAUUCACGAGAGAAUCCAUCUACCCGUACUUGGAGGAUAUCCCUGCUCCAGAGGUGAACUGGAUUCCCUGCACUGACCCCUCCAGGUGAU